UAUGAUUAACAUAUUAAGCUACUUUAACUACUUUAUAUCAAUUAUAUAACAAGAGAUACUGAAGAAGAAGCAGGAUAGUUGACAUUUUGAAGAGAGACACAAAGAUGGGACAUGUUCCUAGAGUGAAGCUUGGAAGCCAAGGCCUUGAGGUGUCUAAAUUGGGAUUUGGGUGUAUGGGGCUAACCGGAGUAUAUAAUGAUCCUGUUCCUGAAGAGGUUGGCAUCUCAAUAAUCAAGUAUGCAUUCAACAAAGGCAUCACCUUCUUUGACACUUCUGAUUUUUAUGGACCCCAUACCAACGAACUUCUUGUCGGAAAGGCGAUUAAGGAGAUACCUCGUGAUAAAAUUCAGAUAGCCACCAAAUUUGGAAUUGUGAAAAUGGAACCUAACAAUGUCAUAGUAAAUGGUAGACCUGAAUAUGUUAGAUCAUGCUGUGAGGGUAGCCUUCAGAGACUUGGUGUAGAUUACAUUGAUCUCUAUUAUCAGCACCGUAUUGACACCACAGUACCCAUCGAGGACACUAUGGGAGAGCUGAAGAAGCUGGUGGAAGAGGGAAAAAUAAGGUACAUUGGUUUAUCAGAAGCAAGUGCUAACACAAUUAGAAGGGCACACGCUGUUCAUCCCAUCACUGCUCUUCAAUUGGAGUGGUCCCUUUGGACUCGCGAGAUUGAACAAGACAUCGUUCCACUUUGCAGGGAGUUAGGAAUUGGGAUAGUACCAUAUAGUCCCCUUGGGCGUGGAUUCUUUGGUGGCAAGGGUGUCAUAGAAAGCAUACCUGCAGACAGUUUUCUGGCAAUUCAGCCAAGGCUACAAGGAGAAAACUUUGACAAGAACAAGAUGGUAUACUCCAAGAUAGAGAAUUUGGCAGAGAAACAUGGAUGCAAAUCUUCACAGCUUGCUCUUGCAUGGAUUAAUCAUCAGGGCGAUGACGUCGUGCCAAUCCCUGGAACAACAAAGACAAAGAAUCUUGACAUCAAUUUGGGUUCCCUUGAAGUGAAGCUCAGCAGAGAUGAUCUGAAUAAGAUUGGAGAACUAAUUUCUGAGGUAACAGGGGAACGAACCACUGAUGCCUUUGUUAGAUGCUCAUGGAAGUUUGCUGAUACCCCAUCAAAGCCAACCUAGCUAGAUAUGUUUGCAUGCAUCUAAAUAACAUUAAUUGUUAUUGGUCCUUUAAGGAUUUAUAACAACUCUUGUUACCUAUAACUAUUGUGAAUGUCAUGUCAUGAAUGUAUUGCUAUUACAUAAAUAAAGUCAGUUUCAACCAGAAUUUGAGGGAUCAAAAGUUUUGCA